CUAAUCUUAUCCAUCCUUUUGUAUGCCCGCACAUCCACCUCUAACGUUCUCAUCUUUGCUACUUUCGUCUUCUGUCAGAUCCAUACAACUAAUGGCUACUGUAAACUCCUCAAAAAUCCUUCCUAGGUUUGCUCCGUUCCAAAAACAAGGCAUCAACUUACCGCAACGAUACAGCUACCAUGCCUACUGUAAAGCAGAUUUUGGGUGAUCUGAACAAAGAGUCAUUCAUUAGCCUUUUGAGGAAAUUAAUUGGUGAGUCCAAAUAUGUACAGAACAACCCACCGGAGCUAAUCCCGGAGGAAGACAGGAUUGUGAAUCACGUUCUUGAUACCCUUCUUCCUUAUAGCACCACCACCGGCGGCGGCCCACUUGUCAUCAAUCAUGUUACUUAUAAGCCUAAAAGGGGUAAUCUUAUUGUGGAGUACCCGGGUACUCAGCCUGGAAAUAUCUUGUCUUUUGUUGGUAUGCAUAUGGAUGUUGUCACUGCUAACCCUUGUGAUUGGGAUUUUGAUCCUUUUUCAUUGAGCAUUGAUGGUGAUAAACUUCGGGGACGUGGAACUACUGAUUGUUUGGGUCAUGUGGCUCUUGUUGCGGAGCUUAUGAGGCGGCUUGGAGAGACAAAACAACAGUUGAAAUCCACGGUAGUUGCUGUUUUCAUAGCCAGUGAAGAGAACUCAUCUAUCCCUGGGGUUGGUGUGGAUGCAUUAGUGAAGGGUGGAUUGCUUGACAAGUUAAAGCAAGGCCCUCUAUUCUGGAUCGAUACAGCAGAUAAACAGCCGUGCAUUGGUACUGGUGGCAGUAUACCUUGGAAACUGCAUGUAACCGGAAAGCUUUUUCACAGUGGUCUUGCCCACAAGAUCCUGGCAUUCUCUUUUUUUGCCAAAUUGCCGUUGAAAAGCAAUAGAAACAUCAUUGCAUAUGCCGGUAUCACUUUCAUCAGCUCCUUUUAUCUCCACUGUUAUGAAUGGUAAUCCGCCACUUUGAAG